CAGAUCUUACUCAAGAUGAAUGCCUGGGUUAUGCUCAUGGCUCUGGGAGGCAUUUUCGUCGAGGCAAAUACCGUAUCAAGGGAGCAAGUAAUAACGCUGGGCGUACGAUUUGUGUGUGACACUUGGUUUGUGAAGUCACGGCAAGACAAACAUCACACGACAGCUCUUCAGGACUACUUACAAAUGUUUCUGAAUGAUGUGGAGCUUUAUCUCAAGGAAUCACGAUGUCCGCAAAUUCAAUUAUUUCUUACUGGUGUGUACGAAACAAAGGAAGCAGAAGAGAUAUUAUUCGAGAAAACGGAAACAGAAGGCAAAAGAACGACUCUUGACCCAACAUUUACACUGGGAUUGUUCCAGGAGUGGGUUCAAACAAGGGACGAAUUUAAGAAUGAUAACAUUGUUUUCUUGUUAACCAGCCUCAUGAUCGAAGACCACGUUGGAAACGCAAUCAGCAAAAAUGGAUAUUCGUACUUCAACGGGGUCUGCUCUUUAGGUGUUGGAAUUUCUUAUGACUCAGGCUAUCGGUUUGAUGGAGUAAUUCAUCUGGCACAACAAAUAGCUCACAUGUUGGGCUCUCCGUGGGAUACAACUAAUGACUGCCCAGAAAACAGGAAAACAUUAAUGGCCGCACCUGGUACACCCCACCGUUUAUCAAAUUGCACGGAAGAGGCCUUGCGUAAGAAAUACAACGAGAAUGUGAAAAAAGACGUGUGUUGGAAGAAAUUUAAAAAUCUUGGUUCGUCUUCUGUUAGAAGACUUCCAGCGGACUACUUUAAAAAGGAAAACUACUGUGCUACUCGUAACAAUAUAGCAGUUCACAAAUGCCCCGAAGGUCAUCCUUACAACAUUGAGGACCUGACUAAAUGUUGGAUGGGAUGUUGCAGGAACAAUACUACAAAUGCUUCUGGUCUUCGUUACGAAGUGCCAGACGGCACUCCAUGUGGAAGUGAAAAGAUCUGCAUUGCUUGGGAGUGCUCAGCGGUGCAGUAGGAAGCCAGAGAGUAGCAACAUUUAUUAGGAAACGUUUGACGGGGAAACUGUUAUUAAUCCGAAUGAACUACGUUUCGUCGAUGAAAAAAUGCCAAACACUAACAUAAAAACACUCUGUAACUUUACUCAAAAUUAAUAAAGCUGAUUAAUGGAACAAAAGGUUAAUGUGACGUGAUAAUUUAAAAAAAAAACAGAAGUAGUGAUUUCCUCGCACAAAAUGCGCAUAUUAUAUUGUACAUACAAUCAUGCCCCCUUCGUACUUUUCAGAGAUCUAAUGCUGAAAAGAUGCGAUUCAUCAUCACGA